AGCGGCGCCAGUUGCGAGCGAGCGAGUCGUUUAAUCAUAGCUGAGCGUGUUAUGUGGUUAUUCUAACAGCUAAUAUUAUUGUUUUUAUUGUGCACUGCUCUCUGACCAAUGUUCUCUGCGGCCAAUGGCAAAAUCAAGUUGCCGCCACACGAGACGGACGUCGUAGCCUCGUCUACGCUGCGCUGUCUCUUGAACGGACCCUUCCGAGAUCUUCACUUCAAUGUCUCCGAGCAUCGGCUAAUACCUGUGCAUGAUGUCGUCUUCCUGGAUGAUAUCGAACGCAAUGUUAAGCCGCUUAUCUAUAGGCCUGUGCUCGCCGAUACUGUGAUAUCGACGCCGACGUCGACGUCGCCGUCAACGCUUGUGCCGUCGCCACUGAAGCCAGCUGCUGGAACAGUCAAUGGCAGUGACACGUACGUAAAUAUUAUGGUCAACUGAAUUUAUAUUGCCUAUAGCCAGCAAAAGAGAACAAAACCACGGUCAAUUUGCACAGAUAAGUAUUGUGAGCUGUUGGCCCUAAGCCAGGCCGUACAAAGGAGAAGAUGAAGAAGAAGAAGAGGGACAUAGUAGUCGGUAUUGUAUUUACACACGAGAGAUUUC